UUAAAAUAACUUGCAAAACUUGGCUAUAAUAUCCAACCGUUGAGUCCUCUUUAUUUCAAAAGGAGAAAGUGACUAUGAGCUAUGAACAAGUUCAAACCUCACUUCUACCCUCCAAAACCACCACCACCACCCAAUUUCGCCACCGUCACAACCAAGUCAUUCAAUGCUGAAAUCAAUCGUCUCUCAUCUUCAAGUGCACACAAUGACGUCCUUCUCACCUACACCUUCAUGCUCAAAACCAACACUCCACCGGACGCCUACACCUUCCCUAGCCUUCUCAAAGCCUGCACUUCUCUAUCCGUACUCUCCCAUGGCCUUUCAUUCCACCAACACAUCAUCGUCAAUGGGUUCUCCCCGAUCGCUUACAUUGGCUCUUCUUUGAUAAACUUCUAUUCCAAAUUUGGGUUCACCAACCAUGCCCGCCAAGUGUUCGACAAAAUGCCUGAGAGAAACCUGGUUCCUUGGACUGCUAUCAUCGGCUGUUAUUCAAGAUCGGGUGACGUCAAAACAGCAGUUUGUAUGUUUAAUCAGAUGCGACGCGAAGGAAUUCAACCCAGUUCAGUUACUGUGUUGAGCUUGCUCUCUGGAGUUUUUGAUGUCACCCAUGUGCAAUAUGUUCAUGCUUGUACAAUUCAAUAUGGGUUUGAGUCUGAUUUAGCUUUGGUGAAUUCUAUGUUAAAUGUGUAUGGUAAAUGUGGAAGAGUUGAGGAUGCUAGGGACUUGUUUGAAUCGAUGGAGACAAGAGAUGUAGUUUCGUGGAACUCGUUGGUUUCAAAUUACGCCUUGGUUGGGAAUAUUAGAGAAAUAUUUCAUCUAUUGAGUCGAAUGAGGAUUGAAGGUUUGGAACCUGAUCAACAGACAUUUGGGUCGUUGGUGUCUGCUACAGCGAGGCAGAGCGAUCUUGAAAUGGGACGAUUGGUGCACGCUAAGAUAUUAACUUCAGGAAUUGAAUCGGAUGCACAUGUUGAAACAUCACUUAUUGUUAUGUAUUUAAAAUGUGGAAAUUUUGACAAUGCUUUUAGGAUAUUUGAACGAACAUCAGAUAAGGAUGUGAUCUUAUGGACGGCAAUGAUGUCAGGGCUUGUACAGAAUGAAUUCGCAGACAAGGCCCUGAUGUUGUUCCGAUCGAUGUUAGUUUUGAAUGUUUUGCCAUCUACUGCCACGAUAGCUAGUGCCCUUGCAGCUUGUGGCAAGCUAGGUUCCUUAAGCCUUGGAGCUUCAAUUCAUGCCUACAUGUUACGGCAUAGGAUGCCACUAGACAUUACUGCUGAAAACUCUCUUGUAACCAUGUAUGUAAAGUGUAAUCACAUGGAACAAAGUCGUUUUCUUUUCAAUACAAUGGAGAAAAGAGAUGUGGUUUCUUGGAAUGCCAUUGUUGCUGGGUAUGCACAAAAUGGCAAUUUAUGCGAGUCCUUAUAUUUAUUUAAUGAAAUGAGAACAACUCUUCAAAAACCUGAUUCAAUAACUGUCGUCUCCCUUCUCCAAGCGUGUGCCUCGAUCGGGGCUCUCCAUCAAGGAAAAUGGGUCCAUAAUUUUGUCAUUAGGAGCUGCCUUGGACCAUGCAUCUUGAUCGACACAGCUUUGGUAGAUAUGUACUGCAAAUGCGGUGACUUAGACACCGCUAUGAAGUGUUUUGAUAGGAUAUCACAGCAUGAUCUGGUCUCAUGGAGCACGAUCAUUGCUGGAUACGGUAGUCAUGGUAAAGGAGAGAUUGCUUUGGAAAUGUACAAGAAGUUUCUCCUUAUCGGCCUUGAGCCAAACCAUGUCAUUUUUCUAUCAGUUCUAUCUGCCUGUAGUCAUAAUGGGCUUGUCAACGAGGGUUUGAAUGUUUUCUACUCUAUGAAAAAUGAAUUUAGGGUUGAACCAAAACUUGAACACCUUGCUUGCGUUGUCGACCUCUUAAGUCGAGCAGGAAGAGUAGAAUAUGCAUAUGAAUUUUACAAGAGGAUGUUUCCAGCACCAACUAUAGAUGUUUUAGGCAUACUUCUUGAUGCUUGUCGGACGAGUGGUAAUUUGGAACUUGGGAACAUAAUUGCUAGAGAAAUUUUCGUGUCAAAACCUACGGAUGCCGGAAACUACUUGCAACUGGCACAUGGCUAUGCUUCAAUGGACAGAUGGGAUGGUGUGAGUGAGGCAUGGAUUCAGAUGAGGUCUCUUGGCCUUAAAAAACUCCCUGGUUGGAGUUUUAUUGCACUAAAUGGGGCCAUUACGACAUUUUUCAAUCAUCACAGUUCUCAUCCCCAAUUUGAAGACAUUGUUCAAGUUUUAAAAUUCUUGAGCCAAGAAACUAGGGAUUUGGGAAUUGACUUCAAAAAUACUGAAAUUCUAUCAUGAUUUUCCUAUCCCCAGAGGGAAAGGUCCUUCCCUUUUUGGCAAGUUGUGGGAGAGGAGGGAUUUGAACCCCAAACACCAUGGUUUGUAGCCACAUGCUCUAAUCCCCUGAGCUACAGGCUCCACCCCGAUUCCACUUGAUUUGUUUCCUGGAGUAGCCUAAUCAAGUUUACAGUCUCUUCCUCAAUUUGGAAAUUUUGGCGUUAGCCUCAAAUCAAGAAAGCAAAUCUGUUUCUAGUAAAUUUGAUGAGAAAAAUGCAGUUGUUUUGAAGAAACGAAGUUGGUGGAGGAGAUAGAUACAUUGGCUUGUUUUAAAGGAUGAGCCAAGAACCUAUGGUGUAUAUAAUUUGGCUUACUGACUGAUUCUUGUUGAAACAAUGGACAUCUAAGACUUCCAGGAUAACCAACAAGUGAAGCUUUUGAAGAUGAAUUACUUGCAAGCGGCGUGCACUAUCGACUGUGAUUCAGUGUGCAUAUAGGAUGGUAAGUGAAUUAUGGAUCAAAUAGAUAUCUUUUAAUAAAAAUAUUCCUCAGUUUUGCAGAUGUAUUGGACUGCUUAGUACGGUUGCAACUCUCUGAAUGCCCACUUUUUACGACAAUUUGGAGUUUUUUUGUCAACCAAUGUAUAUGAUUUUGAAGGCUGUGGGGAGUAGAAACUAGAAAUGACAGUUUAAUUCAACAGUAAGACUUGUCAUUAGUGUCAUUAAUGAUGCGG